AUGGAUUCUUCCAACUCAAAAUUAACAAAUCUUAUUGCAGAGCUUCACAAUCGAACAAAUGAAGCAAAGGCAACGUUUGAUCAAGCUAUUGCUGAGUUAGAACGACAAAAGGCUGAAAAUGAGAAAAUAUUCAAAGAAAAAAAGGAACAAUUAGCGAAUGAGCGACGAAAAUGGGAUGAAGAAAAAGCAAUAGUAGAGAAAUUAGCUGCUUCAGCAGGUCCUAUUGUGAAUUUGAAUGUUGGUGGUGAAACUAUAAGUACAUCAAGAGCAACAUUGAUUCUUAUCGAAGGAUCUUUACUUGCGACUAUGUUCUCAGGCAAAUGGGAAGAAAAAUUGAUAAAGGACGCAAAUGGUUCUAUAUUUCUGGAUUAUGAUCCAGUUUUAUUCAAAUUUCUUCUAAAUCAACUUCGUGCAUGGUCAGAACCAUCAAUAAAACGUAGUUUUCGCCUACCUGUUGGAUCUGAACAAUCAUUUUUGGAAUUGGUUCGUCUAUUGAAAUUCGAUGAACGAUUUAUUGAUGGAGGACAAAAUAAUAUUACUAGUGCUGCUACAGUCUUACAAUCAGAGCAGCGAGUAGAACGUUUUGGAACAGUCAGUAGUUCUGCUGUUCGAUUGACUGAUAAUAGUCGAACCUGUGAGAACACUGUUGAUAGUCAAUGGGCACACGUAUUCGGAACGCUGAAUUAUUCGACUGGAAUCCAUAGAAUUCGAUUGAAGUUAGAUAAAGGUACAACAACCAUUUUGAUAGGUAUUUGCAGUCAGAACAAACCACCUGCAGGCCCAUUGUUUUAUGACAAGCCAACAACACAUGGAUGGUUCAUACAUGGAUAUGUAGUGAAGAAUGGUCAAGGUUCUCAUCCAGGAUGGCCUCAAGUUAGUUUAGGCGAUAUUUUAGAACUGUCAGUUAAUUGUAAUGAACGAUUGUUGAGUAUUCUCAAUGAGAGGAGUCGAGCACAAAAUAGCAUGGAAGUUAAUAUUGCUGAAGCACCUUUUCCUUGGUGCCUUUAUAUUCUUUUUUAUGGCAAAGAAACCCAAGUUUCUCUUGUGUAA